AUGACCCGACCGAUCCCCCUCGCGCUGCUCCUCGUUGUUGUCGUCGUGUUGUCGGCUUUGGUCGUUGUGGGCCCUCUCAGCGCCGAGGCGCUCGUGCAGCAGGCGCAGUCGGCCGAGGUCUUCGCCGACAGCGUCUGCGUCAACACGCACUUCGGCUACGCCGGUACGGCCUGGGUCACCAACGGCACGCUUCUCAUCGAGCUCAUCGCCGAGGCCGGCAUCCGCAACAUCCGCGAAAGCUUCGAUGAAGUGGGCCUCGCUCUGGCGGCCAAGGGCAUCAAGAUGAACUACGGCAUCGCCGAGCUGGACUGGAACACCGACAGCAACAUCGACACCACGCGCCAGAUCGUGGCCGGGAUCAAGGAGGCCAUCAACAAUGGGUUCCUCAUCGACGCCAUCCUGGGCGUCAACGAACCCGACAUCAUGUGGUCUCCAAAGAACAUUGGACCGAUGGACUACAUGCGCGACCUCCACACUCUCGUCCGUGCCGACCCGUUCUUCGACGAUCGGUGGAUCGUCGGAGCGCCGGUGUCGGUGUUCGACGUGCUGCCGGCCAACUGCUGCAGCCAGUGGGUCGACUUUGGCGACAUGCACCCGUACCCCUUCGACGGCAACUACCUGGCCGAGACGUGGGAGACCUAUGACACCAUCUACCGCUAUUUCUACUUCUCCAACCAGCCGUCGGUGAACCUGGACCAGUACCCGCAGCAGUGGACCAGGUGCAAGGCGUUCUACCCCGACCGGCCCUUCUUCGUCACCGAGACGGGCUACACCACCAAGUCCGUCGACGGCACGUCGAUCCGCGCGCACGGCCUCUACGUCAACCGCAUCUUCACCGAGUACUUCCGCCUGGGCAUCCGCCGCACAUGCAUCUACUCGCUCCUCAACGACCACGACGACCCGGCCGACCACGAGUCCAACUUCGGCCUCCUCUUCGCCGACUACUCGCCCAAGCCCGGCUUCACCGCCCUCAAGAACCUCAUGGCCCUCGUGCGCAGCGACUGGGCGCCCUCCGCCACCCAGCUGAGGCCGCCCACUUACGCGCUGGCCACGCUCGACUUUGGCCUCAACGUGAGCGCCGUGGGCGACUACGAUCGCACCGACUACGUGCACCACCUGCUCCUGCAGAAGCCCGACGGGUUGUUGCUGCUGCUGCUGUGGCACGAGAUCUCGGCCGAGGAUGUGAGCGAUCGGCGACAGGUCUUCCCGCCGCUCAUGCCCACCGUGCUCACGCUGCCGACGGGUUACGAGGUGCGCGUGUUUGCGCCCAACGACGGACCGGGCCCGAGUGGGAACUACACGGUCGAUGGGCGGUCGAGCUUCACCGCGGGCGAGACGCGCAUCGAGCUGCUCGUGCCGGACCACGUCAUCGUGCUCCAGCUCAAGAAGGAGGCCGCCACGAGCUUGUCGGCCAGCGCGAAAGCCUCGUCGUGGGCCACCUUCAUGUUUUGA